AUGGAGAUUUUAAGACAAGUCUCGAGUGGCACAUGCCAGAUCCAAAGGGCGGCUACAACUUUCAUAAGCAAUGUAGGAAGUGAGGAGAUAAUCGAGGAACGGAAACAAUGGACAUUGGAUGGACACUUGCUCGGACAUUUCCAGAGACGAUGCGAGGAAAACCUGCGAUGCUGCGAUAAUGUGAUGGAGUUGAGAGCGGUGGAGUUGCGAUGGAGAUACUGCGAAGUUUACGAAGGUUUUUUAAAUUUCUUUUUCAAAAUUUGUUUCGUUUUUGUUUAA